AUUUUGACUGCAUGUGAGUCGUCUUGUUGACAUCCAGCAUGUUUGUCCGGAGUGAAGGUUACCGUACUAGUGAAUAAAACCAGUGGAAAUGGCUUCGCUGCGUGUAGUGAGGAGGAUGUGCUCCGCUGCGGCAGAAACAGUAGCAGCUCCGGUCUCAAGCAGCAGAUGUGAGCGGCUGAGGAACAGUAAAGCAGGUGCGUGGUGUCGCGGCCUGGUCUCUGACUACAAAGAGGCAUGUCGGGAGAUAGUUGUCGGUUCAUGGGAGCGACCCGUCAAAGCCUCUGUAUAUGCCUCUCUGCUGGGCGGGGCCUGGGCUUGUUGCUACACAAAACCGGACCACUCAUCCUUUGAAGCCACCCUGCUGGAGUGCUCCAACCAGCUGGGCCUGCUGUCACCGUGGAUCCGCAACGGGACCUCUGAUGGCCACAUACAGAGUCUAGUGAAACUCCGUAACGAGGGACGGCUACACCAUGCCAGCCUGGGUCUUCUCUCUCUGGUUUACCGCUCUGACUACGACCCAGACACCACACUGUACGAAGCCCACUGCUCCAAUCUGUCAGUACCCUGGAAGGAGCUGCCUCAGCGGGUAUUAGAUGUUGGCUUCGUCGGCCGCUGGUGGGUGCUGAACUCAAAGAUGAAGGACUAUGAUGUGAACGAGGUUGAGUUCAAGCACCUGCCACCGCACAUGCAGGUGACGUCACCACCCAGUGUUCAGGAAGUGGACCGGAGCGAGAGGUUGCACAAAGAGUCUUGGUUAGCACUGAAAAUGGGGGAAGAGGAGAAAGAAGCUAACGUAGUGGACAGAAAGGAGGAGAGUAUCAGUGAAGAGGGCCGAGUGAAAGAGGAGCAGACUCCAGCCUAACACCGCAGGGAAAAACAUGCUGGAUACACACCUGUACUAGUGUAGUUAUCCUCAUCUCCCAUACAGUGUUGGAAUCAACAAACUACUUUCAUCUUACAUUUUUCAGCUAUGAACUGUCCAAACUGUGAGCUGCCAUCUCACACCCAGGAACACUCAGCUUUGAUUUGUCAAAGUAAGAGCAGCCCUUUAAAAUCCUGAGCUCUGCUUUUAUGUGUUUACCUGUUUCUGUAUCACAGAAGAGUAAUCUCAUAUAUACCAUGAACCAUACAUUAAUAAAUGUGUCUAUUCUCUCCA